AAAAUUCCACCAAUUAUAAAAAUGAUUGCUAUCUAUAUUACAAAAGAGAACAGAUUUUUGUUUAUAUAAAAAUUCAUUCCAAAUAUUAUUUGGGCCAUUUUUGGUACUAUGAUUAUUUUCGGUCUUGUGAUCUUUUUCUUCUUUUGUAUCUUGAUUAUUUUCAGUCUCAUCAUCAUUAUGUUUGAUGCCACGACUACUUUUGGUGUGCUUAUUUUCAGUCUUAUGAUUUUUAUGAUUUUGGUAUACACAGAUUUGAGGAAAAGGAACAAUGAAACUGAUUGUUUGGACUUCUUCCUGUAUCCUUAAAUUCUGAAUUAAACUUUUAAAAAAUGAAGAUAUAGACUUAAAAUAAUCAUUGCCCAGACUUGGUUUUUUAAUGCGGAUACUUAAAUGUGAAUAAAGUGAAGUAUUUGUUGACCUUUUAAUGGCAUUACAAGCAGGAGAUAAUAAAAAAGAUGUGCGUGUGAUAAAUUUGAUUAAGAAAUCAGGACAAUUACAUAAUUUAGGUAAAUUUAAACUAACAAAAGGCAACGAUGCCAUGUAAUUGUGAUUAU